AUGUUCGACACGAUCUGUACCUUGCCCCUCCAGUCGGACCUCUUCGCACAGGUCAUCCAUCCUUCAGAACCCUUUUUCGCCGUUGGCUUGUCUUCUGGACAUGUGCAAGCAUACAAACUGCCCUCUGAGUCUCAUGUGAUUGAGAGUGCCUCUCAAGACAGCUCCGAAUCUGCCUCCAACAACACUGACCUCAUUAAUGGCCAUGGCUCGACUUCGACACCCUCAUUGCUGCGCAGAUCGUCAUCCACGAGUGCUUCAGAGAGUGGACUUGGCUCAAUAGACACCGUCUGGAGCACAAAAAGACACAAAGGUUCGUGCCGAUGUCUGUCAUUCAGUUAUGACGGCGAAAUAUGCUACUCAGCCGGAACCGACGGCUUGGUCAAGUCCUUUGUCGCAGAGACCGGAAAAGUCGUUGGGAAAAUAGCAAUACCAGAGAUUAGUGGCAUGCCAGAACUGGAUGAGCCAUCGGUGCUCCAUGCGUUGUCACCACAGGCUCUCCUUCUCGGGACGGACUCGGGAAAGCUGUACCUACAAGACCUACGACAGGGUGGAAGAGAAAUCGUGUCAAGGGCGAGUCAAACAUGGGAACCGCAUGGCGGGGAACAUAUCAAUACUCUGGUACCUCUCCCCGCCAGUGAAACGAGCACGAGCGGGUUCCCUAAACAGUGGGUGACUGUGGGAGGAUCAACCCUUGCAGUGACGGAUCUUCGAAAGGGCACAAUCGCUACGAGCGAAGACCAAGAGAUAGAGCUCACCAGUGCCACGCUCAUUCAAGGCUUGAAGAAAGGUGGAACAAGUGUUGGUGAGAAGCUCCUUGUCGGUCAAGGUGAUGGCGUGGUCAGUCUGUGGGAGAAGGGCGUCUGGGACGAUCUCGACGAGCGAAUCGUCAUUGACCGGAGUGGGCUCAGUGUUGAGAGCCUGGCCGAAGUGCCCUUUGGCUAUGGAAAGGGCAAGCUUAAGAUGAACGAGAAGCUCGUGGCUGCAGGGCUGGAGGACGGGCGAGUCCGCUUCCUAAGAAUCGGCCGUAAUGGUGUGAUGAAUGAGAUGGAUGUCAAGCAUGAUGAGAUCGAUGGUGUUGUCGCUCUCGGCUUUGACAUCGAAGGAAGGAUGCUGAGUGGCGGAGGACAGACAGUGAAAGUAUGGACCGAAGCGAAGGGGCUUCCAGGCGGAGGCAGGGCCUCAGGCACGAAACACGAUCUGUCGUCGGAUGACAACGAAGACGGUGCAGAUGAGGAUGAUUCCGACAUGGGAGACAGCACCGAUGAAGAAUCCCAUCCCAAGGGUAAACGAAAAAAGCGCAAGCGAGGGAAGGGCAAGGACAAGUCUGGUGGAAAAGCCCUUGAUUUCUCGCUGUAA